UGAUUUUCCUUGUCAGCUCAUGUUCCUUCUAAGGUGUCUCAUGGGACUAACAUCACCUCCCCCUGAAAGAGCUGAGUAGAUUCCAUGCUUUUGUAACGGGACUACUUGGUAGGUCCAAGCGAAGACCGAAACUGGACUGAAGUGAAUUGAUUUCUAGUGGAUUAGAGAUUAAGAGUAACCCUCACACGCAGAUGGGCUUUACUGGAGUAAAUCUGGGGAUUAUGAUGUCAGAGGCCCAUGGUUGAUGGAGAGGAAAUUGAACUGUCAGAGGAGUGCUGAUGGCCUGGAUUAUGGCAUAGCCAGUGAGGGGAUGUAGAAAUGGGAAGCCAGGUCUGUGGCAUACCCCUGUACAGAGAAACCUUUAGUGAAGAGGACAAACUACUAUUGGAAGUUGAUGGUUAAUGGCACCAAGGGGAUUUUUUACAUUCUUAUUCAGUCAAAGCAGGAUAGUUUUUGUAUCUUCUGCCAACCUUGAAAGCAUUAGUGUAGAGUGUGUCUGUUUCAGCCUGCCCCUGCUGCUCCUAUAGAGGAUCUUACCAAGACUAAGAAGAUGAAGGUGAAAUGGACACAUCUGGGCAUGGUGUUCUUCCUGUUGCUCUCACUGGUCAUGACAGGAUGUUUCCUUUGGCAGUACCAAAUGCCAAAGUUGCUGCCUGAUGAAGGCAUGGGAAGCAAUGCCAAAUCAGAACGGAUGUGCCCACGCUUCCCUGAGCCUCUUCCUUUGGAGCACCCUAUCCCUACCCUAAAAGAAGCAUUGGAGAAGGUGGACACAGUGCUACGCCAUAGUGUCAACCCUACAAGUCUUCCCUCUUUGUCUGCCAUUGUGAUUUUCAAUGACACCAUUCUGUGGACUGGGAACUUUGGCAAGAGGAAUGGAAGUGACCCACUUUCAUCUCCACCCAAUGAGUACACCAUCUACAGGAUUGCUAGUCUUUCCAAGAUCUUCCCAACUCUGAUGCUGUACAGACUGUGGGAAGAUGGUAAAAUAGCCUCUCUGGAUGACCCACUAGAGAAAUAUGUGGAUAACUUCACCAUUAAAAACCCUCUGGGCAAGUCACGAGACUCUCAGCUCAAGUAUGUGACAGACGGUCUGAUUUUCCUGGACAGCGGAGAAGUUCAGAUCCGAUCCUCAUCUGUAACCUUGCGCAGGAUGGCCAGCCAGCUCUCAGGUCUACCAAGAAGACUUAGAGCCACAAACUUACUUUGGAAGGGUAAAACACAGGCUGCAGUGAAUCUGUUGCAAGACGAUGUUCUCGUUGCAGACCCUGGCACCAAAUGCCACUACAGUAAUCUAGCCUUCUCCUUACUAGCCCACGUCAUGGCUGAGAAGGUGGUGGGUCUGGACUACCAGCGAUGGAUCAAUGAUAACAUCCUGGACCGGCUGGGAAUGGAAGAUACAGGUUUUGAUAUCACACAAGGGAUUCAGAGCCAAAUGGCUGUGGGUGUCUACUCCAGUGGCCAGCCGGCCCCGCUUUAUGACCUGGGCUGGUACCGUCCCUCAGGCCAGAUGUUCUCCACCGCUGCUGACCUGGCCAAACUAGCUAUGAUGCUGCUAGGGGCGUACCAUCGGAAGCUCCUGGAGCCCGACACCCUGAAAAUCAUGCUGACCCCUCUCUUCCGCUGUGAUAAGGAUUACUUUGCCAACCGCACCGGAACGCCUUGGGAGGUAAACGAGCAGCUCGGCUAUGAGCUGGUGCGUAAAGACGGAGACCUAGAUGGCUACUCAGCCACCUUCUCACUGGUCCCCAGGCUUAAGCUGGGUCUUGUGGUCCUGAUGGCUGGAACCAGACCUCAGAACCAGGACGUGGUGGCCAAGGCUUACAGCCAUAUCAUACCUGCCAUGGAGAAAGCAUUCCGGGAGGCCAAAAAGAUCCUCAUUCCUCCCCCUAAUCCAGACCCUUAUAUAGGCUUCUUUACCUAUGGAAACAUCACCUUCUAUGAAAUCAAAGCUGGACCAGACGGGGUUCUGAUCAUGCAGCAGUUUGGACCUCAGAUUGAGGACCUGAUCCCAGAGAGAUAUCGGACGAUAAAACUGAACUAUCUGGUGGACAGAGUGUUCAGGGUGGUGUUUGAGAAGGAGUAUCCUUGUGUUCUGCGGGUCAGCACAGCCUCUGUAUCACUUGAAGCCCAAGACGGGCAGCUCUUUAACUUUUACAUGUUUGACAAGCGGGGUAUGUCCCCAGGUUUCGAUGCACCCGGACUGAAUACGUAUAACGUGGUCCGAAUAUCCAGUAGGCCAACUUUCUCUAACUGACUGAACGCAUACAUGGGAAAGGAUGUGCAGUAUUGAGGUCCUGUUUGGGUAUUUAGGUUAUAUUCAUUUAUGGAAUUGAAAACUGAAAUGAUACAUUCCUGGAGGGCAGUGACCCGUAGUAUGAUGAAUUGCAAAAAAAGGUGCACAUCGUUGAUAAACCUUUUGAAGGGAUAAUUGAUGUCAUAUUUUGUAUAGAACGUUUUCUUUCAUUUCAAUAAUGCAUUGUAAUGGCAUUGUUAAUAUUAAUACUUUUUUACAGCUGGAAACCUGUUCUUAAAUCAGAUGACACUGGAAACAUUUAACAGCAGUAAUCUUCCCAGUGUUUGUUAUGCUUUUCUUAGGAUUUUUCUGUCCUUGCCUUGCAUUUAUGGGUUAGAGUGGGACGUUUUUGGUGUAAUUGCAAAUUAAAGCUCUCUUCCAUUUAGAGUGUUGUGUAUACAGUGUAUCUCAUAUAUUUUAUUCACAUAGAAUGUCACUAAGACAUUUUCUAAAUGAAUCAUGAUUUCUUACAUGAAAUAUUGACAGAUUUUUAUGUUCUUUGAUUAUUAGCAUCCAUCCAUUUCACAUUUUAGUCAUUUAGCAGACACUCUAAUCCAGAGCAAUUUAGAGGAGUGCUUUAAGUGCCUUGCUCAAAAUUGCAUUGGCUCUUCUACAGACAGGGGCUCAUUUGUUGAUGUUAAAAAUCUGACUCUGAAAAUGUUUGAAGAUAAGACAAAAUGCUUUCACAAAGGGAUUGCUGUUGUAUUCUCAACUUCAUUAAAUUUAAUUAUGAAAUAUAAAAUGGAAAAUCUGUUAAAGUACCAGACUACUGAUGCAUCUUUACACUGAUGCAACAUUGGACAAUCAAAACUCAGAAACAUGUCUCAGAAACAGAGUUGCUUUUUCGUUGUGAAUCUUGUUUAGGGCAGAUCUGGACCGAAGGCAGAAAUUCUGUGAAUGGUUGAUUGUAUGUCAGCAAAUGUAAGUUCAUGUGUAAAAUGCUUAAAAAAGUGCUUAAGAUGCACAGCGAUAGGGAUGAAGUACAGCUUGUCAGCUUUAAUUUAAGGGUAUUUUCAUUCAUACUGGCAGAAAAACUGAAAUAACAACACAUGGACCAAAUGUAUUUGGACAAUUGGCUUCCCAGCGGUUUGUUAUUAAACAAGUUUAUAAAAGGUCUGAAUGCUCAUGUUCAUGAGAUAUUUCAGUUUUUCAUUUUCAAUAAAUUGGCAGUAUUGUGUGUAGAUUGAUGGCAAAAAAAAUAAGAUGUAAUAGUAAUGGAAUUUUCAACGGCCCACUCAGUGUAGCCUUUCAACAACAGAUUAAACAUCUCAGUAAAUCAUUAAUCAUCUCUAGGCAACAUAAACAGUGAUUUAUCUUCAUAAUUACAAGAUUCCAUAAACAGUGAUAAUAUUUUAGUUGGCCUAGUGGAUUUACUUCUAUAAACUAAUACGAUAAGAAGCUUUAGACUUUGUCGACACUCCGGUAUCCCUUUAUUAUCUUUCUUCCCAGAAUGGCAAGCCCCCCACUCCAAGGCACAUUUCAUCAAGUGCUGAAGUUAAGUAAGAACCCAGAAGGCCCCGAGAGGGGGUGCAACGACACAAAUUCAUACAUAUAUUCUCUUCUUUCCUGCUUCAAUAAAUCUAAUCUCUAAACAUUUCUUAGACAGACACUAAAGAAACUUGCUUACAAUUUUAGUUGUUUAGCUGGUGCUCUUAUAUUCUGUUCAUUUGACUUAAUCUUGUGAUAACACCUGACUAAGGGCAGAUCUUAUCUGUUUAGUGUUGUCUUCUGUGCUAAAAAAGAUUCUACUUGUGGAACCAGUGGUGAAAACUGGAUGUGAUUAAAUGUGUAAAGAAUUUAUGGUGAAAAUGUCCUUGAUAAACAUGAUAUUAAAACAACAGUUUAAAAGCCCUA